AUGAAGAAGGCCGCGUUCUUCUCCACGCUCAAGUACGUCCGGGUCCCCUCCCCGCUGACCGUGAACAGGAACAUGAGACGAUUCAACAUGGCCGAAAACGACCGGAAGAUCUUCUUCUCCUUUAACCUGUUUUCCGUCUUUCUGUUCACGCUGCCAAUAGUUUACCUGGCCAAGAAGCAACAGGGUAUCCAGCUGGCCCAGAGGACUGCAAGCACGCGUGCUGUAUGUCGAGUCGUUCCUGCGGGUGUAAAGGUGGUAGGGGACGGCAGGAGGAUGACAUGUGUCAAUUGGUAA